AGUAAAACUGUUUUAAAAAACAUGUUUGUUUAGUUUUGAAUCCAAAUAGUUAUGCCACCCAGAUACACCUUCAAUCAUUUGGACCCACCACCUUUUCAAUAGCCUGCAGCUUUUUUAUAUGAAUACUUAUUGAUCUAUUUUGCAAACACAACGGGGGGGCUCAAAUACAUUUAGAAGAUUCUUUUAAUAAUUCCCUUAUUCAGCAGGCAAAAUGACAUUUGAAACUUUUAAAAUAGGCUUUUAAUGAGCCUAUAUGUGCUGAGUCCAAACAAAACCCGGCUGAGAUUCUUUACAGCGACGUAUUCCAAAGAGGCGGUCAGUAUGCAAAAUUGAUGACUACACCGUCUUUGUUAAAGGGACAUUGUCUAUUGCUUGCUUAUGAAGUCUAAUCCAAUCAUAAAUUGCACCCUUGGACCAAUCAGAGAGCACAGAUCCGGCGCUGAAAGAAACUCAUGUGGAGAACUUUGUUGAACCUUAUUGUUCGAGCUGUCACUUUUGAAAGGGCUUAGCUAAGCAGUCCACUAUAAAACCCUCCAUCCAGUAAUACGGGCCAGUAGAGAACUACCAGGCUUUCUAGUUGGAUCCUAACUGAAGAAACCUGCUAAAGAAUAUUUUUAAAAAAAGGUAUAUUACGGACUUCUUCACUACCCCGGAAGGUGUUACAAUGAUGUUCCCCAGUGUCAUUGCGCCUUCGGCGAUGUAUUCAAGCCUCCUGCGGCCAGCACCAACUCUGACACUGCCUCAGUCUUUGCAAUCUGCGUUUGGCAGCCAUUCCAGCUUUUUAGUAGAGGAUCUACUAAGGAUCAGCCGGCCUGCCAGCUAUCUCCACCGGACUGUCCAUUCGCCAAACAUGUCUCUGCCAACCUCAGGAGCCACCACGCUAAACACAGCGUCAGCUGAUCACGUCAUCACCUCCACCACCGUGUCACGAGGAACCUGCUCUCCACAGACGUCACUCUCCACGAAUAACAGCCCCAAUUACCUGAAGUUUGGAGUUAAUGCCAUACUGGCGCCAUCUACGAGAAACGAGUCCUCCCUUCCUUUGAUUCACAGCAUUCACCCAAAGGCUUACCCAUUCCCGUAUUUUGACGGAUCAUUCCACCCUUUCAUCAGAUCCUCCUAUUUCCCAGCUUCGUCGUCAGUGGUUCCCGUACCAGGCACAUUCUCCUGGCCGCUCGCAGCCAGAGGAAAGCCGAGAAGGGGGAUGCUUCGUAGGGCUGUGUUUUCUGACGUACAGCGCAAAGCCCUGGAAAAAAUGUUUCAAAAACAAAAAUACAUCAGCAAACCCGACAGGAAGAAACUAGCUGCAAAACUUGGACUUAAAGACUCACAGGUGAAAAUUUGGUUCCAAAACAGAAGAAUGAAGUGGAGGAAUUCCAAAGAAAGGGAGCUGCUUUCUUCCGGCGGGUGCAGGGAACAGACCUUACCCACCAAAAUGAAUCCCCACCCUGACCUCAGCGACGUCGGCAGAAAAUCCUCCGAGGAAGAGGAGCCGUUCUGCAGAGACACUCCCCACGCUGCAUUCUGCCAGUCCCUCUCGCAGCACAAAGUCCUCGACAGCGUCGAUACACAUUUAUCAUCACCUUCACACUCAAGCAAACACUCUGACUUCUCAGAAUCAGAGGACGAGGAAAUAACAGUUUCGUAAUAAUGAUACAAAAUAAAUAAAUAUAUGUUUUAUAUAAAGAUGACUUUAUACAAUGUUUGAAAGUGAUUAUAAAAUCAAAGUAAUGGUAUCCCGAUAGGAGCACAUGUUAUUAUGCAAUCAGCUGAACAGACUCUUACUUUCCAUUUCUUAUACAGAUAUGAACAUUUUAACGCGGUACAAUGUAUUUUUAAAAGCAGGUGGCUUUAACGGUGUAUUGGAUUCCACCCCGUGCAGAACCAUAGACUCGGCCAUUGUGUUUGGUUGCUGUUAGUUUUUAAAGACAGAGAAUUUGAAAUGUAUUUGAAUAUAUCUGUCUACUCCAAACCCCAAUUUGUGUAUUAACCCCCGUAAUAACUUUCCACGUAUCGAGAUUUUAGUUAUUUAAAGGGAUAUGCUUCUUUGAAUCGACUUGCUGUGUUUGCACAGCGUUUAUGAGCUGUACACUAUUUUGUACAAAUAUUCUGUUGUAUGGAAAUGUUAUAUCAAGAGUAUUAUGAAUGACUACACAUACAGUUUUUUUCCCUUAGAUUUCAUAUUUGAAAACUGUCUUUAACUAAAUGUAGACGUUCAAUGUAUAACUUAUAAAGAAAUAUAUUUUGUAUGCUUCUGUGUAUAGAAGUUAAAUGUGUAUAUAUUUUAAAUGUUUUGUACAAACACCAAAUAAAACGUAGAAGACGUAAAACAAAGUCAUACGAAAUGACGAAAGUGUCAUUAUUCAGGAUUGAAUCCAUGUAUAAUAUUUUGUGUGAUCGUUUUAUAUAUAGAUAUAUAUAAAUUACAUCUGACUCCAUAUUGUCUUUACGAGUGACUCGUCAAUACGGGCUCUAUAUAAAGU